UGUGCCGUACCGUUAAUCGACGCGUAAGCUAACAUUGUAUCAAUUAUAAAACAUAUUUUUUUUCCACAGCAAUAUAAUUUGUUGUGUUAAAUUAAUUUUUAUCAAAAUUAUUUUUAUUUUGUCGUAAAAUAAUAACCACAAUUAUCACCUGAUUUUUUGUUUGUUAUAAAUGCAGUUUUAAAGAUAGAACAAAUAAAAAAUAUUUAUGUUAUUAUUGACAUUUUUUUUAAUUAUCAUCAUUCUUCCUACUCGAGUUAUUUACAUUAACUUAUUAACAGUCGACUCUCUUUAGCUAUCACUAUAAACUUCCGAAUUUAAUUCUGAGAGUGAAUCUUAAAUUAAUGGAAAAUUUAGUUGAAAAAUUUAGUGAUUUUGCUAUCUCAUGAAAAAUUUAGAGUCAUUCGACGAUUUAAUAUCUUUAAAAGUUUCUCAUCUUAAACGGGAAUAUACUCGAUAACAAGUUAGUGAUAGUGUCUUUAGAAAGUUACUUUAAUGAGAAUUCAACUGUAAUCAGGUUUAAAACAAAACAAAAAAUAAACACGAUGUAUGAUUAUGAUUAUGAUUUUGGAUUGGACGAAGACAAAAUGGGUAUGAAAGUCACUUCAGGAGUUGUAACAAUAGUAAAAGAUCCUAAUACUAAUCUUAUUGGCAUUACAAUCGGCGGUGGGCCACCAAAUUGCCCUUGUAUUUAUAUUAUACAAAUUUCUGAUAACUCUCCAGCAGCAAUCGAUGGUACAUUAGAUAGUGGAGACGAAUUAUUAGCUGUAAAUAAUGAAUGUGUACGUGGUCGUACAAAGUUACAAGUAGCACAACUAAUUCAAUCGAGUGUUGAUCAAGUUGUGUUAAAGUAUAAUAAAUUGCAUGCUGAUGCAAGUCAAGGCAAAACUUUAGAUAUUAUACUUAAAAAAGUUAAGCAUAGGUUGGUAGAACGUAUGUCAUCUGCAACUGCUGAUUCUUUAGGAAUGUCCCGAGCUAUACUUGUCAAUGAUAAUCUAGUCAAACGUUUUCAACAGUUGGAUGACAUGGAGCAAACUUAUCGUUUACUCGUAGAACAUACUGAACGUGUUUUACGUGCUUUUUUUGCACUUAUACAAUGUUUUAAAGAAUUUGGAGACGCAUUUGCUGAAAUUGGUGCUAGAGAACCUCAGCCAAGAGCUAGUGAAGUGUUAGUGCGAUUUGCAGAAUACCAUAGACAAAUGGAACGUCAAGGAUUACAGUUAAUUAAGGCUUUAAAACCAAUUUCAAAGUCAUUCGGUACAUAUUUAAACAAAGCAAUUCCGGACACUAAACAAACAAUAAGAAAGUACACAGAUGUUAAAUUUGAAUACCUUUCAUAUUGUCUGAAAGUUAAAGAAUUGGAUGAUGAAGAAAUGGCGUAUUGUUCAGCUGAUGAGCCAUUAUACCGUUUAGAAACGGGAAACUAUGAGUAUAGAUUAGUAUUGAGAUGUCGUCAAUUAGCGAGGAAACGAUUUGCUGAUUUAAGAAAUGAUGUAGUAGCUAAGAUUGAGCUACUCGAAAACAAACACGUGCAUGAUGUGGUUGGUCAGUUGCACGCUAUUGCAUCACAGUUAGCUGGUUAUAAUCAAGAAAUGGGUAAAAUGUUGGGUGGUGGAGGUAUAGAUGGCGGUCCAUGUGAUAAAACACCAUUAUUCCCUAUUGAAAUGGAUUUAAAUCGUUCAGCAUUUCAAUAUGAAUCAGUUCAGCCUCCUUGUGACAUGACUUAUGAGCUAGAUCAAGAUGACGGUGUAGAAGAUGAAGUACAAAAUGGAAAUUUGAAGGUGUAUAAAGAUUCUCCUCAGAUGACAGAAAAUAUUGAUAAAUCAUACACACUUACACGUGCAUCUACAGAUUUAGCACAGUUGAGCUUGGAUGGCGAUUUAAAUGCGGAUAAAGAACCAACAUCAUCACUUCUUUUAGAUUUUUAAUAGCUUUAAUUUAUUUAUUAUAUUUAUUCAUAGAUGUAAUUUAUGUACCAAAGAUUUAUAUUGUGUUUGCUAUUUUUUUACUUAGUCACUUUAAAUUUUUUUCACCGAGUUAUUUCCUCUAUUAUUGUUAAACUUUUUGUUGACUCAAUCAAAUAAAGAUAAUUUAAUUGAAAUAUAAA